AUGUAGCGCAAAAAAAAUUUUACACCCACAAAUAAGUAAAAUAAAUAUUAAAAUUUAGAUGAUGAUGACGAAGACUAGUUAAAUAAUAUUUUUAACUUGUUUGAUAUAGAUGGCUAAGGCAAAAUAGAUCCAUAAUAAUUGCUUGACAUUUUGAGAUAAGGUGAAUAUUCUAAAAAGAAUCCUAUUUUGGUUGAUAUAUUUUAAGAGCUAAUUGAAAAGUAGUAAAAGUUAAAUAAUGAAGCAAUAACAGUAGAUAUUUUCAAGUAAGCUAUUAGCUAAAAAUUAUAGGAAAAAAACACAAAAGCUGGGGCAGAAAAAAUAUUCUAGCUAUUCUAACCUGAUAAUAGAAAUACCAUAUCUAUAGAAACUUUAAAAAAAAUAGUUGAUGAAAUUGAUGAAAAUAUAACACAAGAUGAAUUAAAAGAUUUUAUAUAUAAUAUUUCUCAAGAAGGAAAUAGCAAUUAUAUUCAUUUAGAUGAUUUUAGAAAUGCGAUGAUGAAAACCAACCAAUGA